AAUAUAUAUUCUACAUUGAAAAAUGACUGAAGACUUAUUAAUUAAGGAAAAAGAGUUUCGUCAAUUAAAUAAAGAACUCAAGCAGAAAGCACAUGAUUUGAUAAAAAACGUAGAUCAUGUUAUAAACACUUAUAAUAAUGAAUACUCAACUUCUAAUUCUAAAACACGAUAUACAAAUUUCGAAAGAGAAAUAACUGAGUUUUCGAAAAAUACAAUAACGACAGAUGUCGAUUCGCAGGUUUCCGUUAAGCGAAAUGCAUCUUUGCCAUAUAUUUUCGACCAAACUUCGCCUUUAAAAUCAAAAAUAGAAAUACAAAAGGAUUAUGGAGAUGAAAUUUCUAAGAAAGGAAACUUGGCAAAUAAAACCAUGAUUAAUUUAUUUAAAGGUAAAAUAGAUAUAUUGCAAACUGAACUACAAACAUUACAGGCUGAAUACAGAAAGAAGUGCAAUGUAUGCAUAGAUUUGCAGUCUGAACAAAAAAAAAUUGAAUUCAAAUCACACAAUGAAAUAGAAUCUCUGAAAAAUACAAUUACAAAAUUAGAAAAUACUAAUAAGGAAUUACAGUCUCAAUCACAAGCAAUGAAUACUGAAAAUUCAGUUAUAAAAAAGGACUUAGAUAAACUUCAAAAACAAGUAAAAGCAUUGAAACAGCAGUCUGACAAUUACAGUAUGAGAUUGAAUAGGUCUUUAGAAAGUAAUGAUAAACUCAGAAAUUCACUUAAAUGUUUUCAAAUAGAAGAAAAGGAAUUAAGAAAUCAAAUUAGAAACUUGCAGGAUGAUAAAAAGCUGACAGUUAAUAAUCUAAGAAAACAGCUUUCAGAAUUUGCACAUGUAUUUAAAAAACAAAUGUUGAUUAUAGAUAACUUAAAAAAGCAAAAUGCAUGCUUAAUUGGAAUUGGACAAUUGAAAUUUACCCAAGAAGAUUUUUCGAGAUUAUUGGAUCAAAAACCAGAGUGCUUAUGAUAAAUUGUAUAUAAAACAUUUAUUGAAUGACUGCUACAAUUUAUACACUGUGAAAGAUGGAAUAACUCCAUUUCAUAGCCACAAGUUUUAUACAAUUUUAUUUUACAACAUGUGUUUCUUAACAAUACUCUUCACAGAAAAUGUGUUUUAUGUGUCCUUACAUCAUAUAUUACUUGUCAGAAUGUAAUGAAACUAAGAAAUCUGAUUUUUAACUCAAAGCUUUAUGCUAUAAUUUUAAUGUUAUAAGUCACUUGUAACAUUUUCUUAUUGAAAAUAAAUAUACUUUUAAAUUACGGCAUAAUCGUAGCAAUUAUUCGAUUGCGCUAUACAAAAUAGUGAUAGUACUUGAAUAAUUAAUAGGAUCUGUAAUAGAGGUUUUAAAACGAAAUAUAAAAGGUGUCUUUAUGGUUACCGUGGAAAUCAUGCAUUCGAAUGAAAUCUUAUUUUUAUUUUGCAUUUUAUUUUAAAAGAAUCCAGUAAAAAAUUUGCAAUGAGCCGUAUGACUGAUUUCCAUUGUAACUGUAAUGAAUUGAAUGUUUUUAUUUCAAACAACAUUAAAUGACUUGCUCAACUUAUUUACACAUAAGUCCUAUUUUGUGCAUGGGAAAUAAAAAUUGACAACAAUGAAUCCCAGCUGUAUAUACAAAAAUUCAAAUUACUAAUACGUUCCACAGUUAGCGCCUGUAAGAUGAUCGUUUUGAUUUUAUUCGAACAUAAGACGUUAAUGUGGCACACACAGUGAAAGUUUAAGCGUUCAAACAUUUCAGAAAACAUCGAUGUUAUUCUCCAUUGCACGAUACAUGGAUUUUAGAAAAUUCAAUCCCGGCAGUAGAAAAUUCGGUAUGCUCUAGCUUAAACAAUGUACCGUUGUACGUUUCCUAAACCUACAGGAAUAAUCGAAUCUAGAAAUUUUCAUAUGGAGUUAAUUAAAGGAUGUAAAAUAUUAAAAAAGUGAUAUACAUGCUCACAUCUCCAGCUUAACACAUCCUGCACAACCUAGUUUGGACAAUUUUACUUUAAUACUUCAUCAAUCGAAUUCGUAGUACGUUUUAUAUAUUAAAAUACAUUAAUUUAAUAGUUUCCUUUUGUAAUUAAAUAUCAAGAUGUUACUCACCCUCAAAGAAGUUUUAAUAUACUUUUUUUCAUUUUUCGCUUUUUGUUUAUAAUUACAAUAACUUUCAGUUCGAGAUACUUGCAUCUCAGCCUUUUUACACGUUGAGUUCCAUUACUCAACACCAAAAUGGUGAUAACAUUUGCAAGCAUUAGAGUUACAUACACGUAUAUACUGUGAUUUACUAUAUUGUUCUUAAUAUUAGUGGCAUCGAUGCGUUAACAAUUAUUAUUCUGUUACUUAUGUCAAAUUUCAGCCACUGCUUGUACCUGCAUUCAAAAUCAUACUAUACCACAAAUUUCCGUUUAGUUUUAUAUUGCACUGUGAACAUCUAAUGUGUUUUAAUUA